AUGGAUUUGAUGAAUAGGGUGUUCAAGGAAUUCCUCGACAUCUUUAUGAUUGUUUUUAUUGAUGACAUCUUGAUUUAUUCUAAUACAGAGGCCGAGUAUGAGAAGCAUUUGCAGAAAGUUUUGGAGACGUUGAGGGCCAAUAAGCUGUAUGCUAAGUUUUCUAAACGUGAAUUAUGGUUAAAGCAGGUGUCCUUCCAAGGGCGUGUAGUAUCGAAGGAAUGUGUCUCUAUGGAUCCUUCAAUGAUUAAGGCAGUUACGAGUUGGGCUCUUCUAAUCACAAUCAGUGAGGUGCACAGUUUCUUGGGGUUAGCAGGCUACUAUAGACGAUUUGUAAAGGACUUCUCUCGUAUAGCCGCCCCAUUGACUCAGUUGACCUGGAAAGGAGUAGCUUUUGUUUGGAAUGAGGCUUCUAAAAACAGUUUCUAG